UCAAAUAGUCAUCAUUUCAUUUGUAGAAUUCAAAGGAAAACUCUCUGUGACGAACAAACCCUUAUGAUUAUCUACUAAAUCUACCCCCUACACACUCUGGGACCCACCUCUCUUUUUCCUUUACCCUUUCACCUCCGUCAAUCAACAACAAUUAUUACUCUCUCUUCCUCUGUCUUUAGCUGUCUACGGCGUUAAGUAAUUAAAUUAAACACCCAUUUCGAUUAUUCUUACUUUCUGCAACUAAACAUUCUCCUUCAACCUUCAUUUCAAUCUUCUAGGGUUUCUCAACCACCGUUUCCACAUUUUCUUCCUCCCAGAUCUCAAUUCCACAAUGUCCGGACCCCUCGAUCGUUUCGCAAUGCCUUGUUUUGAGGGGUUUUCCGGCAGUGAUGACAAGAGAGAACGGAGAUCUGAUUUUGAGAACUCUGAAGAUGAAAGGAGAACCAGAAUUGGAUCUCUGAAAAAGAAAGCGAUUAAUGCUUCCACUAAAUUCAAGCAUUCUCUUAGGAAGAAGAGUGGCAGGAGAAAGAGUGAUGGACGUGUUAGCUCUGUUUCGAUUGAGGAUAUUCGGGAUGUGGAAGAGCUUCAAGCUGUCGAUGGUUUUCGCCAGUCGUUGAUCAUGGAUGAGUUGCUUCCUGAUACUUUUGAUGAUUAUCAUAUGAUGUUAAGAUUUUUGAAAGCGAGGAAAUUUGAUAUUGAAAAAGCUAAGCAUAUGUGGGCUGACAUGCUACAAUGGAGGAGAGAGUUUGGUGCUGACACCAUUAUGCAGGAUUUUGAGUUCAAAGAGUUAAAUGAAGUUGUGAAAUAUUACCCACAUGGCCAUCAUGGUGUAGAUAGGGAGGGAAGGCCUGUGUAUAUUGAAAGGCUUGGAAAAGUUGAUCCGAACAAGCUUAUGCAAGUUACAACUAUGGAUAGAUAUGUAAAGUACCACGUGCAAGAGUUUGAGAAAUCUUUUGCAAUAAAGUUUCCUGCUUGCACUAUUGCUGCCAAGAGGCACAUAGAUUCAAGCACCACAAUCUUAGAUGUUCAAGGAGUGGGGCUUAAGAAUUUUACUAAGUCAGCCCGGGAUCUCGUCAUGCGAUUGCAGAAGGUCGACGGUGACAAUUACCCUGAGACACUCUGCCAAAUGUUUAUUAUAAAUGCCGGCACUGGAUUUAGAUUGUUGUGGAGCACUGUCAAGUCUUUUCUUGAUCCCAAAACAACUUCAAAGAUCCAUUUUCUUGGAAACAAGUAUCAAAGCAAACUACUCGAAGUAAUUGAUGCCAGUGAGUUGCCAGAAUUUCUUGGAGGUACCUGCUCAUGUGCAGAUGAGGGAGGCUGCCUUAGAUCUGAUAAAGGGCCAUGGAAAAAUCCUGAAAUAUUGAAGAUGGUUCUCAAUGGUGAACCACGCCGGGCAAGGCAAGUAGUAAAGGUUCUCAACAGCGAUGGGAAGGUUAUUGCAUAUGCAAAGCCUCGAUACCCAAUGGUAAAAGGAAGCGAUACAUCUACUGCUGAAUCAGGGUCAGAAGCUGAAGAUAUAGCUUCUCCAAAAGCAAGGAAGAGCUAUUCGAACCUUAGGUUGACCCCUGUUCGUGAGGAAGCUAAGGUGGUAGGAAAGACAAGCUUUGCUAAUAACUUGUCCGGGUAUGAUGAAUACGUUCCAAUGGUAGACAAACCUGUUGAUGCUGAAUGGAAGAGGCAAGUAUCUCUACAGAGGACUUAUACCUUUAAAGGAACACGUCCUCUUCCUGACAUACAGAAUACUCCAGAAGGAGUUAAAGCUCGGAUUUGGGUAGCACUGACUGCCUUUUUCUUGAUGGUAUUUGCUCUUUUCCGUCAAUUUGCUUGCCGCAUUACCAACAAACUUCCAGGAAUAUCAUCUAAUGAAGAUCAGAGAACUUCAGAACCAACUCUCGAGACAAGAAACAUGGAAGUUCUUUCUCCAUCCACCCAAGAAAAUACAGAGGAAAUUCUCCUUCCCUCGCUGCUUAAAAGGUUAGGUGAGCUUGAAGAGAAGGUUGACACACUCCAAUCUAAGCCAUCUGAAAUGCCGUAUGAGAAGGAGGAAUUGUUGAAUGCUGCUGUAUGCCGGGUGGAUGCUUUGGAAGCAGAGCUAAUUGCUACUAAAAAGGCUCUCUAUGAAGCGUUAAUGAGGCAAGAAGAGCUGCUUGCUUACAUUGACCGCCAAGAAGAAGCCAAGUUACGGAAAAAGAAGUUUUGCUGGUGAGGUAUAUGGCUCAUAGAAAGAUACUCCACAAAUAUACUCCAGUGAGGAAGAUAUUACUCAAAUCGCGGUUGUACUAAUACUUACGGAAUGGCGUACCAAUGAUGUAACUCUAUCCACUGUUUUUCAGUGUAUACUAUGAGUAAACUAAACAGAUAAUUACUUCACAUGUGUGUAUAUCCAAUAUAGCAUAUUUGCUAGUUUGUUAAACACAAGCUCUUUAAGUUUUUGUUUGUAGCCA